AUGAAUUUUUACUUGUCACUAUUUUUUAUUCUGUCUUCGUUGCUGUAUUAUACAUAUGCUAUAGGUCUUAAGGGUAGCAGUAGCAAAAAUAAUGCAUUGAAUACGGUUUGGAAUGGUAAAAAUAAAAAAGACCUAUUAAAUGGACGUAAAUCUUCGUCAUAUAUAAAAUCACACCGUCAUAAUCCUAAAGAGUUUGAAUGUGAAUGCAAAUGUAAAUGCAGUAAUGACACCGAAGGAAACUGCUCCGAAGGAUGUCAUGGACAUGGACCUGAGGGAGGAAUUGAAACAGGAGGAAACGAAACAGAAGGGGGAAACGAAACAGAAGGUGGAAACGAAACAGAAGGUGGAAACGAAACAGAAGGUGGAAACGAAACAGAAGGUGGAAACGAAACAGAAGGUGGAAACGAAACGGAGGGAGGGCAAGGAACAGAAGGUGGACCUACAACAGGUGGAAGCCAUGGUAGAAAACCUCCAAGAGAAAUUUUAGAGGAAUAUAAAAAAAGAAAACAAGGUUUAAUAGCCGGGUAUUACGGCUCAUGGAAUAGUCAAGGUGAUAGAGCAAAACACAUGACUGAUUCCAAUCCAAUGGUGUCCAUACUUUACAUUGCUUUUGCUCGUAUAGAUAUUCUUUAUGAUGUGAAUAGGCCAUUUAAUGGGAAACAAAAGUUCUUAUUAAGAAAACACGGUUUAGAAUAUGAAACUUAUGCAGUGAUGCUUAAUGAAAUGAGACGUAUAAGGAAAGCUCGCCCAGAUAUUAUUUUACUUUUAUCAUUAGGAGGAGAAACAUAUAUGAUAGACAUUAAAAAAGAUAUUGAAUAUGUAGACAGUAUAGCAAAGUUUGUAAGUGACUUUGAUUUAGACGGUGUAGAUAUUGAUUGGGAACCACAUGGUAGUUUUAACAAUUUAAAUGAGUUAGAGUAUUCCAAUUAUUAUAUAAAAUUAGUUAACUUAAUAAGAAGUAAUAUUCCAAAAGAAAAAUUACUUUCUAUAUCUGGAUCAUCAAAUGCAGCAUUAUCAUGUGUAUCAGUUGGUGAAACAUUCUGUAAAGACGAAGGAUCAACAUAUAAUACUAAAUAUUUAUCUGAGCAAAUGGGCAAAAAUGAAGAAUUAUACAAAGCAGCAACUAUGUUAUCUUCAGGAACUUUCGUUAAUAUCUUUAACACAGCAAAGGACAAUAUCGAUCUUGUAUUUAUUCAAACAUAUAAUUUAGACACAACAAAUCCAAGUAUUAUGCUAGAUAUGUAUUUAUCCCAUCUAUAUUUUGGAUUAAAAUACGAUAUCACAGUUUUAUUAGGCUUUUCUUUGGAGCAUAAUAGAGGUGGAUUCAGCCCAGAUAAUAAAGAAUUAGUAGAAUUAGUAGCAAAAAGAAUACAUGAUGAAAAUCAUAAGCAUAACAGAGCGGACGGAGCAGGAAUAUGGCACUUAUUUUUGAAAGAACAAUUACCAAAUGCAACAUAUGACAUAGAAACAUUCAUUACAAAUUUCUGGAAACAUUUAAAUCCUGAUGUUCACCCUCCAAAGGAUGUAGAAAUAACACAAAAUCCAGAUGAUUGUAGUACUAUAGAUGAAUACAUUUCAGGACUUGUUAUACCUAAAGCAGGAGAAUAUUACAAACACAAUGGAGCUAUAUGGAAAACUGCAUACUAUUCAACUAAUGCACCUGGUGUUGAUAGAUAUGAAUGGGUUUUGGUCAAAACCUGCUAUGAAAAAACAUGCAAUGGUAAAGCAACUCAUUAUUAUAACACGAAUUAUGAUAAUGGAUCUAUUGUUAUUUGGAAAGGAGAACCAUACACUAUUAAAUGGUGGCAAUCAGGACCUCCCGAAGGUGCAGCCUUAGAGGCAUAUGAAAAAAUGGAUGCUUCUGAAUGCCCAGGAUUAGAAGAAUGGAACAAAAAAUACCCUCAUAAGUCAAUUGAAGAAGAUGUCCCAUAUGAACAAGAACAAGACGUAUCUAUAUAA